GGGCAGUCUAGAGGUUCAAUCGCACAUCACCGCAUCGGCAGAGAGCAGCAGCAAUCGCAAGUAAUAUAAAAGUAAAAUCAUUUGAUUUCAUAGGAAAGUAAUAAGCCAGUAUAGUAGUAAAAAAGUAAGCCCGAGCCAGCAAAAACACGAAGAAAAUCUCGGGAGAGAGAGCAAACAAUCAGAAGCAGACAACGAGGGCCCAGCUGAGGCACUAUUCAAAACCAGUUUGAGUUUUUCGCUAGCCUUCCAUCGCGAAACCCACAUUCGAGAGGUAGAGAGAGGUUUUCCUUCCCGUGGUGGUCGCCCAGAAAGUUUGUCACGAAAAAUUGGUGUGCUUUUCCCGUCGCGCAAUCCCGAUUCAGUGAAAAUUUGCUCCCAGCUGGUGUUGAUUUGGUGUUUUUCCGGUGUUAAUCGUUCACCUGGCCUGGCUCACCCAAUUCGGUUCUCAGUCCGAGGUGAAGAGGUCGACCGUAUGUGUAAUGUGCAGUAGAGUGCGUUCUCGUUUUUUUGCAUUUUUGUCAGUGCUCUUGAAACCCUACACCUAAAAAAGUAAAAACGCGAAGCAAAUAGUGUAUUGCAGCGGUCAACCAGCAGUCAGUAGAAGCAGCCCGAGCCGAAGGAGUAAGAAGAAAAACCCUUGCUGCCGCAGCGUUAAAGGCAAAAAAAGUUAGUCAGAGCUACCAACCAGCCAGCAGCAGCCCCAGGGGAGAGAUUUUUCGGUUCGAUUGAUUUCGGUUUCAAUUCAGUCUUCUUUUGUGUGCCUAUGCCUACAACGGCGACGUAGACGACGACGUCUUGAAAAGAGUAAGGAUUCGAGAAAAGUUUUUGUCUCAAACACAUCAGCACACGGGCUUUUUCGUGUGCAGAAAAAGUGCGAGUUAGUAGCGAAACGAAAAAAAGAAGUGUGCCCAGUGAUUCGUAGCCAAAGCACACUAAAUUGUUACAGAAAAAUAGUCUUCUAGUUGUGAUUUGUCGUGUGUUUUUUUGGAUCAAAGGAUUUUCCGCUCGAAGGAUUCAGCUGGAAGCAUUGAACAAGUACGAGGUCAAAAUCAGAUGGUGUUCCUGAAUAAUCAAUAGCAUUGUUCUACGACGAAGACGAAACAGUUCAUUCUUGAGUGUAUGCAUCGAUAUCUUGGAGCGGCAGUCAAACACACUCUCCGCCACUCCACCACCCGACAGGAUUCCCACUUGGAGCACUAACUGGAGCUCCGAAGUCAACGCCGGAGAGAAGAAGAACAAGAAGACUGUGUUUUACUGUUUGUGUGUUGUUGUUAUUCCUGUUUCAAGCCAGGUCCCAGAUCGUUUACAAGUGAUAUUUAAAAAAAGCAAACGAAUCGAAUAAGGUGCCCUCGUUACAAGCGGUAGUGAUAAUAGAAAAGAGUUGCGUUUUUUCGGUGUAUCUUCUAAUUCCUGUUGCAAGUGAAGAGUGCCGUAAAUUGUUACCGAAUAUCGUUUUAAGGAAGCCCCCCACGGCUACGUAGUGCAAGAAGUCCUUAGCAUCCUCAGCGCCCCCCACAUUCAGGAGAUUUUUUGUGCUAUACCGGAGCAAGUUACCUGCUAGAGGGUAACCCCCAGUCGAACCAUCUACCUUUUCGACAGCCCGACGACGACGACGACGUCGAGUUCGUCGACCGACGGAAUCAUUUCGUGCGUGUACCCGUUUCACCAACAAGCCGGCACAAUUGAACCGUUCAAGCUGGCCACCCACAUACACCCGACGGAGCCAUUGGCUGCCGCACAUCACGGGACGAUGUCGAUACCGAACCCUGCUGGACAGAUCGACGGCGCACUGGCGGCGCCCAAGUACGGCACACUCAUCCCGAACCGGGUAUUCGUCGGUGGUAUCAGUGGCGACACGACGGAAGCGGAACUGUGCCGGUUAUUCAGCUCGUACGGCAACGUCAAGUCAACGAAAAUCAUCGUCGACCGGGCGGGCGUCAGCAAAGGCUACGGAUUCGUAACGUUCGAAACCGAACACGAGGCACAAAGACUGCAGAGCGAUGUAAGUAUGAAGGGAGACUGUAUUGUGCUGAGGGACCGUAAGCUAAACAUAGCACCAGCGAUUAAGAAGCAAACUAUCUGCGCGACGAAUGGAGCCGUGUACUACGCAGCCACACCCCCGACGCCGACGAUCAACAACAUCCCCAUCGAGCAGUUCGCGACAGCAGUCUACCCGCCAGGUGUGCCAACCAUCUAUCCUCCGACGAUGACCCCCUACCAGCCGUUCUACCAGUACUACAGCGUGCCAAUGAAUGUACCGACAAUUUGGCCUCAGAACUAUCAAGGAAUCUAUCCUUGUUAAAGAAAAAGAGAAUGGAUGUUGAGAAGUCUAAAAACCAAUCUAGCAAAAACAAAAUCAGAAUCUUAUUUAUUAUCAUGAGUAAUAUUUAUACAACAAAAGAAAAAAAGCAACAACCAGAACGAAUCCACAAAACAGAGCAACAUAAAUAAUAGAGCAAACAUGAACAAAGAUGAGGGGAAAUCUCACUCGAACACACGCGUCUACUAUAAACUACAACUACUACUACUAUUACUAUAUUGAAUUAGUAAUCAGCAGAGGCAGAGAGAAAAGAGAAUCCAUUAGUAUAAAUGAUUAACCCUAAUAUAGAAAGCAGAAUAAAUGCAAUAAAUAGCAGAAUGGUCGCAAGAAAAAGCAUAAUUAGCGCGACGACGCCAACAAACGACGGUGAGGACGACCACGGUGACGGGGGUGGGCGUUCGACUACCGACACAAUCAGAGCCCGUAGUGUGGGGUGUGCGUAGUGUGCCAAAGGAUUUGGAUUGUGCGGUGGGCAGGAGCAAACGCAGCGUAGUGGAAAGGACACGCCCGCGGUCAGCAGUCACGCGGCGGUCGAAGGAAGCUAACAUCGAAUAGUUUACGAUCUUAUUAAGCGAUAUUUAUACAUCGGGGCAUCAGCAGCAGCAGCAGACGCAGCUACACAACGCGUUCGUACCAUUAUUGGGAUGCUGCCGGGUAGAGAAUACCGAGCGGGUAUGCGGUCCGUUGCAGAUGACUGGUUGUUUCGCGACUCCGAUUGAUUCGUCGAUGGAGCCAAUGUGAUGCGAAAACUCUUGUUGUAGAUGAAUAUAAAAAAAGACAGUGAUUCCGCUUAAUGAUGGUGAUGAGCGAAUGAGAACGGCAGUGACUAAUCGGAACUGGAUCAACUUUUACCGAUCGAUCAUUGCCGAAUGUUGAAACUUUUUUUUUACUUUUUAAAGUAAACCAUUGUUGAGCGAUAUUAUCAUUAUUACACUAGUGAUCAUAUUAUAACUUAUUAACAAACUAUUUGUAGCGUAAUGAUGAUGAAGAAGAAGUAGCAAUGAUGAAGGAGGAGCAAAUGUAAGUCAGAUGAAAUAUUAGGAAAGUAUGCGAAAAAUGUGAAUAAAACACACUACUGAUCCGUGUGCGGUAGAUGGACAUAUUAAAUUUGAGUAAGAAAUACGCAAAUAUUUAUAAAAAUAAAUGCAAAAGCAUGAAAAAUCCAUAUACAUAUAUACAUAGAAUAUAUAUACAAGCGUACAGAAAUAAAAAAAAAGAAAACUGAUAACAA